UAACACACUUCCCUUCCUUAUUUCUUUUUCCUUCCUUUUUCGGCCAGAACCACCAUCGCUCCUACCCUCAUCUCUCCUCACCAUGUCAAACCAAUCCCAAACCCUCACCUAUGAAGAGCUUCAAGUUUCUAAUUCUGCCCUAAAGGCUCAAGUUGAGAACUUGGCCAAACAAGUGGCUCAACUCACUAAGAUGAAGUUGAAGAUGAUGGAUACUCCCGAGGAAAGUGAAGAAGAACAAGAGCUCGAAGCACAUCCCCUAGGCGAUUCAAACAACAACACUAGAGGCAGUUCCAAUGAGAAAGGAGCCACUGACUUCAAGGUUGACCUUCUGACUUUUGAAGGCAAAAAUGACCCCGAUGAGUUCCUAGAAUGGCUCGAGACGGUUGACCGUGUCUUUGAUUUCAAAGACGUACCCGAAGACAAAAAGGUGAAGCUUGUUGCCCUUAAGCUUCGGAAAUAUGCAUCAACAUGGUGGACCAACACUGCCACCAAGCGAAGGCGUGAAAGCAAAGCUCCCGUAAAGACGUGGCUAAAGAUGCGUGCCUUGAUGAAGAAGAAGUUUUUACCCGAACAAUACGUUAGGGAUAACUUCGCCAGGUUACAACAAUUAAGGCAAGGAACCCGGACAGUGGAUGACUACACCCGGGAGUUUGAAGAGCUUUUGAUGAGGGUUUUGGAGAAGAUGGGUUCGGCCAAGAUGAAAAGGAGAAGGGGAGAAUGGUUAAGGUUUGGUGUUGUUUCUGGAUUGGAAGUUUGUGGAGUGAUGAGGGGCAUGGUUUUGAAAGAGUUUGGAGGCAGGGGUAUUGCGAGGGGUUUGGGGUUCAUUUUGGCAGUGGUUAGAGACAGAAAGGAGGUGGUUAUUGAGGAGUAUUGGGGAAUGGGUGUUGAGGUGAUAUUGGGGACAAUUUGGGCAGUAGUUGUGGAAGGUGUGGGUGAUGGAAUGGGGAUGCUUGUGGCCGUGUGUAGGAUGCUUGCUCUUGGUGUUUUUGGAGUGGCUUCAUGGGGUGGUUUUUGUAGAGACAAAGGCAUGGUUGGGAUAUGAGUUCUAAAGGGGUUUGGGGGAACCAUGUGAUGGUAAUCUCUCGGCAAAAAUCUCUUGAUCAAAAGCUUCCUCAUCUUCUCCCAAGUUUCUACUUUGGGCUUUCCUUCAAACUUUCUCUUAGUGGAAAUAUGUGUCCACCAAGUGGAAGCGUUUCGUUGGAACCGGGAUGCUACAAGCUUGACCAUUUUGCCUUCGGGCAUAUCCUUGAGGAUUAGGAUGUGUUCAACCUUCUUGAGCCACUGUAGGAACUUCAUCGGAUCAUUUCUUCCUUCAAAGAUUCAAAAGUGAGUUACAACAAUGGCCAAUGGCCCAUAUAAAUAAGCAAGCAAGAAAGGGGAAACUACCAAGUUCUUUCCUUAACAAAUCUUUGACAAUAAUAAUCAAAUAUGGAGUCCUUUCAUGGGGGAUGAAUCAGGGAUUUUGUGGGGGUGUUGGGUGACAUUAGUUUGUGGUUUUUGAUGGGGAAAUAUUAAGGGAUGUGGGCUGUGUUUCUAGGCUGGGCUGGUUCGACCAUAUUAGGGGGCAAAGGGUGACUGAU